UUAUACAUUCUUAAUAUGAUUGAAGUUUCAUUUUCAUCUUUGAAACCUGUGUUUUUAAUUACAUAUUUUAUUGUUAUUAACGCCACAAGCCAGAAGCUUUCGAAUGUAGUGAACAUCAAAAAUGGUCCAAUUGUUGGUGAAAAACGUGGAGAAUAUUACUCGUUCGAGGGCAUUCGCUACGCAAAGAUGCCGUUGGGUAGAUACCGUUUUGCUCCGUCGGAACUGAACGAUGAACGCUGGACUAAACCACUUUAUGUUAUCCAACCUGGAGCAAGGUGUCUCCAAUGGACUCAUUUUAAUAAAACCAAAGAAAAAUUGAUAGGCGCUGAAGACUGUCUCUUCCUGAAUGUGUACACAAGAUCGACUGAUCGUACAUUACAUCUGCCUACAAUUGUAUUUAUACAUGGUGGUGCAUUCAUGUUUGGAGCAGGUAGUAAUUAUAGACCAGAUCAUAUUAUUCACCAAAAAGUCGUUUUGGUUACUUUCAACUAUCGGCUUGGACCACUCGGAUUUCUCAGCACGGAGGAUGAUGUGAUACCCGGGAACUAUGGAUUAAAAGAUCAGGUGACCGCUUUACGAUGGAUUCGAGAAAAUAUUCAAUCAUUCGGUGGAGAUCCCAACACCGUCAGCAUAGUGGGCUAUUCAGCUGGUUCCGCUAGCGUGCAUCUCCAUUAUCUAUCUCCUCUUUCGAACGGCUUAUUUAACUCUGGCAUUGGACAUAGCGGUUCCGCACUUAGUCCAUGGGUAAUUACUGAGCGAUCGAUAGAAAAAGCCAUUCGGAUCGGAGCUGUGCUAGGUUGUCCAACAAGAAAAACACAAGCGCUUCUAGACUGUUUGCGGAAAGUUCCGGCAGAGGACAUCGUGCGACAAGUGCCCCAUUUUCUCGACUUCUUGUACAAUCCCUUCUCCCCAUUCGGAGUAGUCGUGGAAAAAGAAGGACCACUUAAUACUCAUCCUUUUCUAACGGACACGCCACGUUCGCUGAUGAAGAUUGGUAAUAUCACCAAGGUGCCACUGAUUCUUUCAGUUACACAAGCCGAAGGUCUAUACCCGGGGGCAGAGUUUAUAAGUGAUCAAACAUAUCUGCAACAGAUUGAUUCUCGAUGGAACGAGCUAAUGCCAAGCAUUCUGGACUACAAAACCGCCGUGCCCGAUCCCCAAAAGCGUAAUUAUCUGUCGGAAACAAUUCGAAACCACUACUUUAAAGCAGAUGAACGAUUAUCUUUGGAAAAUUUUAAUGUACUCAUUCGGAUUAUUUCUAAUCGGCUGUAUUUUGCUGGUGUGACAGAAUCAAUCAAACUAUUGCAACCACACAUCAAGUUAUAUGCAUACGUGGAUUAUUUCAAAAUAAGGUAUGGUAUCGCUGAAAAGCUAUCACGGUGCCCAGAAUCAAGGAUCCACGAAGUAUCCCAUGGUGAAGAUGUCGAUUUGAUAUUCCACAGCAUUGCGCGGGAGCAUUUGCCUUAUACGAAAAAAGAAAGGGCAGUUAUUAGUCGAUUUGUAGCCAUGUACAAACAGUUUGCCAAAGGGGAAAUCCCUCGAUUUGGCCCCUAUGUGAUACCUGCGCAAGAUAAUCCUGACAUGAUCAUGUACUUGAAGUUAAACUACCCCUAUAGCAAAGUGAUUCAUGCUGAGGGUUUAAGUGAUGAACCUUUUUGGAACAGUCUUGACUUUAAUGAUGCGCCGUACGAAUAAUAUUUAGUUUACAAUCCUUAGUCUAAUGUUCUAAUUAAAUAUCUAUCAAACGCCAGGCAUCAAAUUGCAAAGUAUGUCACAACAUGCAAUAUCAAAAAUAUAUUUUUUUAAAGGUUUA